AUGCAGGAGCUCACAUUCACAACAGCUCAGCCGUAUAGCUUCUCUUUCGUACCCGAGCGCACAGCCCUUGUGUUGGUCGACGAGCAGCGCGGCUUUGUCGAUGCCGACAUUCCAAAUGCUGUGCCUGUUACCCUGUCAGUUCUCGCAGCAGCCCGUGCUCUGGGUCUGCAUAUUGUCCAUGCGCGUGCGGGUCACUCUCUGGUCGACGAGCUGCGGCCACAGUCUGGUGAGGUGGUGGUGGACAGGCCAGGCACAAGUGUGUUCUGGGCGACGGGCUUGCACCGACGGCUGAUGGCUCGAGGUGUCACGCAUCUGCUAAUAGCAGGCGUGGCGACCGAGUGCAGUGUGACCAUGACGGAGCGCGAGGCGAGGGACCGCGGGUUUCAGUGCUGCAUCUUGACAGACGUCGCGGGUGGUUUCGAUGCGUCGUUUGAGGCGGCGUCGACCAACACGUCUGUAUCAUAUGGGGGACAGUUUGGUUUUGCCGCGCCGAGCGCCGAGCUUGUGGCGUAUGGCGAAAAAGCAUCUGCAGCCCAAGAACCGCCUCCUCCAGCCGCCUCCUGGGAUGGCACUUUACUCGACCUAGACACUUUGCAAACACAGUACAGAGGUGCUGGCCUUUCCCCCACCGACGUGGUCCAUGCAGUGUUUGACCGCAUUGAAGCGUACGAAAAGGAGAACCCGCACGCUUGGAUGCUGUUGCGGUCCCGCCCGGAGGUGCUGGCUGAUGCUCAAGCCCUUGUCGACAAAUACACUGGUGUGGAGCGCGACUGCCUACCGCCGUUGUACGGGAUUCCCUUUGCCGUCAAGGACAGUUUUGACGUUGCCGGUCUCGAGACAACAGCGGCAUGUCCACCCUUUGCCUACACAGCCACGGUCACCGCGCCGACGGUCACGGCAUGCCUCGAGGCGGGCGGUCUGCUCAUCGGCAAGACCAACAUGGACCAGCUGGCGACGGGCUUGAGUGGAUGCCGCUCACCUUGUGGCAUCCCAUCGAGCGUCUUUCGCCACGCCAACCACAAAGAGGAUGCGUACUGUCCAGGCGGUUCGUCGUCCGGCUCGGCCGUUGUUGUGGGCGCGCGGCUCGUGACAUUUGCGCUGGGCACAGACACGGCUGGAAGUGGGCGCGUGCCGGCCGCAUUCAACGGCAUCGUGGGCUUCAAGCCGACCAAGGGCACGCUGUCCUCCCGUGGGGUGGUGGCGUGUUGCCGCAGCCUCGACACGGCCACGAUCCUGGCACCUUCGGUGCACGAAACCCGCCGCAUCUGGCACGUCGUCGACCACUACGACGCCGGCGACGCGUUUGCCAAAGAUCCCCAGUCGCUGCCUCUCGUUCUGGCCGACCACCGCGGCGUCAACGCGGCAGGCUUCACGUAUGCAACGCCGCCUGUCUCGGCCAUGGCGGCAGCACGCUUGUCGCCCGAGUACGAAGCGGCCUUUGACAAGGCCCUCACAGUUGUCCGGGCCAUGGGCGGCCGAAGGCAUGCACUCGACGAUGCCGCAUACAAACCGUUUGUCGACGCGACGGACUUGCUGUACAACGGCACGCUCGUCAACGAACGCAUUGCCUGCAUCGGCGAGGACUUUAUCAGGACGAACAUCGCCCGGUUCCACCCCGUCACCGGCAAGCUGUUCCAGCAGGUGCUCGACCGCAACGCCCGGCCCUGGGACGUGUACAAAGAUCAGCUGGUGCAGGCCGAGGCGACGCGGCUGGCGAAUCGACUGCUGUCAGGCGGCGUCGGCCCUCUUGGUGGAGUGGGCCGUGGUGACGAUGGUCAUGAUGGUGCUGGUCCUGGUGCUAGUACGACGGUGGACGUCUUGGUUGUGCCGACCGCGCCGUUUCAUCCCACGGUCGCGGCGAUGCAGGACGACCCCAUUGCGAUGAAUGCACAGCUGGGCGUUUUCACACACUUUGGAAAUGUGCUGGACCUCUGCGCCAUAAGCGUUCCGGCGGGCACUGUCGACGGCGGCAUGCCGUUUGGUCUCUGUUUUGUGUGCGCCAGGGGCCUGGAUGGCAGGCUGUUUGACAUUGCAACUGCGUUUGAGCGGGCAUUGGCGGCUUCUUAUGGCAAAAGAACAAGUUAA